CUACUGAUUCAAUUUGACGUAAGGAUUUGUUACCACUACUUCUGGUGUAAUGCCCAACACCUUCACACAAGAUACAAACUUUUUGCGGUUCUGUUGACACACUGGACCACACAGACGACCUCCACAAUUCGCACACGGCCAAUGACAACCAUGACAUUCUGGAAUCAAGCAAUCACAUAGAGUCAUGCUUUCUUCACCGGGGACUACAAGUUUCCCUUUUUUGUCAUGGAAGACAUGCCGUUUUUCUUGAGUUGACUCUUUAUCUUCAUUUAUUUUCCUUCUUGAUCGGCGAGUAUUAGUUGGCUGUGUCAUUAGUCCACCCGGAUUUACAAAUUGAAGUUUCCCUAGCUCUCGCUGCAUUUGCCUUUGACGAUUGAGUUCAUCUUGCGAUAUAGGAAUACCAUCAUCAUAUCUUUCGUCGAAGUAUAUCACAUUGGCUGA